AUGGCCGAUCACCACCAUGAAGAUCUUACCGCCACCAAAACCGAGGGCUUCAAGGUUGGCGAGAAGAAGACGAUGCAGGAAUACCAGGAGCUGGACAAGGAUGAUGAGGCCAUGCAGCGCUGGAAGGCCUCGUUGGGUCUGAACUCAGGAAACUCCAUUGCUAAGCCUAAUGACCCCAAGUGUGUUAUCAAGUCUCUGGCCCUCGUCAGUCCUGGUCGUCCCGACGUGAUCAUCGACCUGUCCGCCCCGGGUGCUGUCGACAGUUUGAAGGAGAAGCCCUUCACCAUUAAGGAGGCGGCCAAGUUCCAUAUUAAGGUUGUCUUCCAGGUGCACCAUGAGGUGCUGAGCGGUCUCAAAUAUAUUCAGGUCGUUAAGCGCAAGGGUAUCCGUGUCAGCAAGGACGAGGAGAUGCUCGGCAGCUAUGCUCCUAACACCACUGACAAGGUCACCUACACUAAGGAGUUUGCCGACGAGGAAGCCCCGUCGGGCAUGAUUGCUCGUGGUCACUAUAACGCCGUCUCCAAGUUCGUUGACGACGAUGAUCACACCCACUUGCUAUUCGAAUGGGCGUUCGACAUCGCCAAAGACUGGUAA